AUGGCACCAUACGAGGCUCUCUAUGGUAGGAAAUGUCGGUUGCCAAUUUGUUGGGCUGAGGUUGGAGAUAGACCAUUAUUGGGACCCAAACUUGUACAAGAAACUACUAAAAAAGUGAAGUUGAUCCAGCAACGGUUGAAAACGGCACAAAGUCAACAGAAAAGCUAUGCUGAUGUGCGUAAACGGGAAAGAGAAUAUGAAGUAGGAAACCAUGUUUUUAUCAAAGUUACGCCAAUGAAGGGACAUACUCAUUUUGGGGCUAAAGGUAAGUUAGCACCUCGAUACAUCGGACCGUAUAAGAUUAUUGAGAAACUGAGUCCAGUGGCAUACCGGGUAGCUUUACCUCCGACUAUGGAGCACAUGCACAACAUUUUCCAUGUUUCCAUGUUAAGAGAAUCUCUUCUAGAUCCUCAACAAGUUAUUGAACUGACUCAGAUACUUGUGAGUGAUGACUAUAUAUAUGAAGAGCGGCCCAUUCAGGUUGUUAGCCGCCAUAUUAAGAAGCUGAGGAAUAAAGAAAUUCCGUUGGUGAGAGUAGACUGGCAAAACCACAGCGGCUUGUAUGCAACUUGGGAAAGGGAAGCAGAUAUUCAAGAAAAAUACCCUAAACUUUUCCCAUUGGAUUCUAUACUCUUCACGAAAGAAGGUAAUUGA